AUGUGUCACCAGAAUGGCUUCCAGCCCAGGCAGCUCUGCAUCCCCCCUCCCUCCGUGCUGGUCAGGAGCUUCCCGGUGAGGCCCCGGGGGCAGCCCCGCGCCGCUCUCCGCCAGCUCCAGUGCCUUUCUCCGUGCCUGGAUCCCUGCUGCUCCCCUGGCAUUCCCCAGGGCACCACCACCUACAUCAACCUGGGCAGCCUCGGGGUGAGGCAGGCUUGUGUGGAUCCCUGCUGCAAAGAAGUGACCAAGUGUGUGGAUCCCUGCUGCAAAGAAGUGACCAAGUGUGUGGAUCCCUGCUGCAAAGAAGUAACCAAGUGUGUAGAUCCCUGCUGCCAGGAGGUGACCAAGUGCACCACCAGCACCUGUGUGGAUCCCUGCUGCCAAGAGGUGACCAAGUGCACCACCAAGUGUGUUGACCCUUGCUGCAAGCAAGUGACCCAGUGCAGCACCACCUGUCUGGAUCCCUGCUGCAAGCAAGUGACCAAGUGUGUGGAUCCCUGCUGCCAAGAAGUGACCAAGUGCACCACCAGAUGUGUAGACCCUUGCUGCAAGCAAGUGACCAGGUGUGUAGAUCCCUGCUGCAAGGAAGUGACCAGGUGCACCACCUGGUGUGUAGAUCCCUGCUGCAGGAAAGUGACCAAGUGCACAACCAAGUAUGUGGAUCCCUGCUGCAGAGGUGUCACCAGGUGCACCACUCAGUGUGUGGAUCCUUGUUGUGAGCAAGUGACCAAGUGCACCACUCAGUGUGUGGAUCCCUGCUGCCAGGAGGUGACCAAGUGCACCACCAGGUGUGUAGAUCCCUGCUGCCAGGAGGUGACCAAGUGCACCACCACCUGUGUGGAUCCCUGCUGCCAGGAGGUGACCAAGUGCACCACCAGGUGUGUGGAUCCCUGCUGCCAGGAGGUGACCAAGUGCACCACCAGGUGUGUGGAUCCCUGCUGCCAGGAGGUGACCAAGUGCACCACCAGGUGUGUGGAUCCCUGCUGCCAGGAGGUGACCAAGUGCACCACCAGGUGUGUGGAUCCCUGCUGCCAGGAGGUGACCAAGUGCACCACCAGGUGUGUGGAUCCCUGCUGCCAGGAGGUGACCAAGUGCACCACCACCUGUGUGGAUCCCUGCUGCCAGGAGGUGACCAAAUGCUCCACCAGGUGUGUAGAUCCUUGCUGUGAGCAGGUGACCAAGUGCACCACCACCUGUGUGGAUCCCUGCUGUGGCAGGGUGCCCAGGUGCCUCCCUGGAUGUGUGGGUCCCUGCUGCCCUCAGGUGAUCAGGUAUGUGGAUCCCUGCUGUGGAGUGCCCAAGUGUGCCACCCUCUACCUGGUUCCAUGCUGUGGAGUGCCCAAGUGUGCCACCUGCUACGUGGAUCCCUGCUGUGGACAGCUGCCCAGAUGUGCUACCAGGUGUGUGGAUCCCUGCUGUGGGCAGGAGACUCAAUGCAGCACCAGGUGUGUGGACCCCUGCUGCCAGGAGGUGACCAAGUGCACCACUCAGUGUGUGGAUCCCUGCUGCCAGGAGGUGACCAAGUGCACCACCACCUGUGUGGAUCCCUGCUGCCAGGAGGUGACCAAGUGCACCACCAGGUGUGUGGAUCCCUGCUGCCAGGAGGUGACCAAGUGCACCACCAGCUGUGUGGAUCCCUGCUGCCAGGAGGUGACCAAGUGCACCACCAGGUGUGUAGAUCCCUGCUGCCAGGAGGUGACCAAGUGCUCCACCAGGUGUGUAGAUCCUUGCUGUGAGCAGGUGACCAAGUGCACCACCACCUGUGUGGAUCCCUGCUGCCAGGAGGUGACCAAGUGCACCACCACCUGUGUGGAUCCCUGCUGCCAGGAGGUGACCAAGUGCACCACUCAGUGUGUGGAUCCCUGCUGCCAGGAGGUGACCAAGUGCACCACCACCUGUGUGGAUCCCUGCUGUGAGCAGGUGACCAAGUGCACCACCAGGUGUGUGGAUCCUUGCUGUGGAGGUGUCCAGGCUGUCACCAAGUGUGUGGAGUCCUGCCCCAGCCCCUGUGUGACCCAGGCCAGCCCCCAGUGUGGAGCUGUUUGCAGCCCUGCCUGGGGCCAGCACUGCUCCAUCAGCUGUGCAGAUGUCUGCUGCAGGAAGCGUUGGGCUCCCUGA